AGGAGAAGAAAAGUUUGAAACCUUGUGGUAAGACGGUAAAAAAUGGAGCUUUCAGGUUUGUAGAAAGCCAAAGGAAAAAGAGUUAAAUGGGAUUGACAGCCGGGUUGGUGGUGGGUCGAGAGUCUUGAUGCUUUUUCAUUGUUUACAUGUCAUUUGGCGUUCUUGAUAACAUUUGUUUACAUGUGCUAUUUCUCGAUAUAAUUCUGAAGAUCGGACUAAUUCUUCCCCCAAUUUAUUUUUUCUGAUGGAUUCGCACUCUCAAAGAAUAUUCCGACAAGUGCCACUGUCCACUGCCCAUGGCCUUGUGGAUGGUGAUUUAGCAGUUGACCAUUCUAUUCAGCCCACCACGUGUACAAUGUGCAGAAGGAUCCUUGCACCUAACAAUGAGUCAAUUAACGAUCUUGAAACUUUUAGCUUAUGUGGGGACUGUAAAUUCUUACUUCUUGAAGAUGUUGGGACACUUUCACAAGGCUCUCAUCAGAGGCUACCAUCUAGAGGAGGAAGGACGAGUUAUAGCAGUGCUGAGUCAAUUGAAAAUCUUUUCUCACAUCAGUUCUCGCAGAUGAUAAAUUUGGCAAGACAAAACCAAUCCCCUAACUCUGGGCAUGAGGAUCUAUCUUUAGAUGGUGACACUGCUACUAGGUCAUUUCAUCUUUCAAGUGUGCGUACAACUCCAAGUGAUUCUAGAAGAUGGCGUUGGGUUCUAUCUGAUGCUGAAAGUGAUGGUUAUGAUCAUUUGGAUUCUCUUUACGGGGGGAGUGAAUCAAAUGUAAGUUUUAGCCACUAUAGAGCUUUUCAUGGUGAGAGCGAUGGCAUUUCCUUUAGUGCUUAUGGAGGUGAUUCUGAUGCAUCGGUGGAUGGACAUAGUUUCCUGGAUACAGAAAUGUUUAUUCCACCAGAAGAUGGAAGCAUUUUUGAUAGUGACACUGACAUUGAUCCAAUGCAUGCAAAUAUGAACCUACAAUGGAACUCAGAAGAUGCUGAGGAAGAGGAAGAAGAGGAUUAUGAAUGGGGAGAACCUGAUGUUGAAGAAGACACAGUUGAAUCAACUGUAGCCAUACCUCAACCUCGAAACAUUUUCAAUUCAAGUCCUAGUCAAGGCAGUGGCUCUGUCAAUACGCAUAGGCAGGUUCAGUCUCCUGAAUUUCAGGGUGUGUUAGAUCGGAGGAUUAGAGAACGUAGACAAAGAUUAACCCGUAAUAUCUUUGGUAACUUAGAGGAAUUGGAGUUACACCCAUACAAUUGGAAUUAUGGGGAUUAUUUUGAGACAAGAGGCUUUGACGAACUGCUUGAACAUCUUGCUGAGACUGACAACUCCAGAAGAGGAGCACCUCCUGCAGCCGUGUCUUUUGUAAAUAGUCUGCCUUGUGUGACCAUUAAUGAAGAGCACGUGAAGCAUAGCGAUCUAGCCUGUGCGAUAUGCAAGGAUGUCUUAACCAUUGGCACUAAAGUAAACCAGCUUCCCUGCCUUCACCUGUAUCAUCAGCCCUGUAUACUGCCAUGGUUGAAUGCACGAAAUUCAUGUCCUCUUUGUCGGUAUGAGCUUCCAACUGAUGAUAAAGAAUACGAGGAGGGGAAGCGAAACAUCAGCAGUAGAAUGGAAAUUCAUGAAUUGAGGCAACAGGAUGCAAAUGAGGACAGUGCAUCAGACGUUUCAGUUGAAGUUGAAGCUGUUGAGGAUCGUGAACUGACUGCACGCUAUAUAGACUCUAAUACGAGUAGCUCUGGCAGCAACAGUGGUCGAGGAAGAUGGUUUCUUCUUGCAGCUGCUCCGAUUGUCAGUCUUGUCAGUCUUGUUCUUGUGUUGUGGUUAGGCAGUCCUCUAACUGCCAGAAGAGGGACAGUGAAUCAGCCUGAAAUAAACAUUCCUGGUUCCACCCCCACUAAUCGAAGGGAGAACAGAAGCAGAAGAUGGUGGUCUUUCAUCUAAAAUAUGUAUGGGACCUGGAAAUGUAAUAGGCAAUGACUUGUUUGAUUGCUGUUCAUAUUUGCAUGUUGUUGUUUUGGUCCUAAAAGAGUGAAAUGUUGGUGUUUUCUCGACAUAUCAAGGGAGCUGUUGCUUGCAGUUCUAUUUAAUUGUGUUCGUUUAUGGUUUAAUUAUUUGAAUAUGCUUGAUAAAGAUGCCUAAUAAUAAGAAUAUCAACCUUUAUGGUA